AUGUUAACUUUUACUUUAUAUUGUUUCCCUCUUAUGCCCACCUCUGAUCAUACUUGGCUACAGGGGCGGACUGACAACUCAUGGGGCUCCCGGGCAAUAGGGGAUCAUGGGGCCCCUGUGUCCUUGCCCAAACUCAAAAAAGCCAAUGAAAAAGGUACCAGGGGCUUCUCAUGGGGCCCCCUACUGACCCCGGGCCCUCAGGCAGUGCCCGAGUUUCCAAAUGAUAGGCCCUUGCCAGGGACGUAUUUACCGCAAGGCAAACAAGUUGUUUGCCUA